ACGAAGUUCCUGGCUUGGAUGGUCCACUUGUUUACAAUAGUCAGUAGACGGGGUGGUGUCUCUCUUUUUUUUGGGCUAAUUUGUGCCCCUGGGUAGCUCAAACAUGGCCAAAGAGCCGAAAGUGGCGGUGCCCAAGGAAGCACAAGUGAUGACUGCCAUCCUGAAGGAUAUGGGUAUCAGUGACUACGAGCCAGGAGUCAUAAACCAAAUGUUGGAAUUCACGUACAGAUAUGUGUCACAAAUCUUGGAUGAUGCCAGAGUUUAUGCCAAUUAUGCCAAAAAGAUAAAGACAAUUGAAUUAGAUGAUGUAAAAUUGGCUGUGCACAUGCAGAUGGAGAAGUCCUUCACAACACCACCACCAAGGGAUCUGCUAUUGGAUUUGGCAAGAACAAGAAAUGCUAAUUCUUUACCAACCAUCAAGGCCAAUCAGCAAGGCAUCAGACUUCCACCUGACCGUUACUGCCUCUCAGCUUGUAAUUAUAGACUCAAGCCAUCUAGAAAGAAAAUAUCGAGUUUGUCAAAUAGCCUUGGUGGAGGAAACCGCAUUAGUUUGGGUGGACCUAAUGCGGGAAUGAAGAUUGCAGCUACACCCAUCAAGCCUACAAUAUCUAUGGUCACCACCAAGACAGGAAAUACUCAGACAGUCACUUUAGUGCAGAAGCCUUCCACUGGAAUUCCCUCUGGACCGACACAGAAGAUUGUCAGUGUCAACAGACCUGUUUUUAAAGUAACACCUGGGCCUCCUGGUAAGGUCAUAGGUUUAACAGUCAUUUUAUUUUUCCAUCUCUUAUUAAGUUUUGUGAUUUGUUAUAUGAUAUAGCAUUUCUCUUACCCC